AUGCUGGUGGAUAAAGACACAAGCCCUCGCCCUGAAAGACACCCUGGGCUACAGGUCAGAGAACACAUACAUGCGCAUGUACACAUGGCAAGCACAUUCACAAGCACACACACACACACACACACACAAUCCUGUUUUACAAGACUCCAUGGCUGUGUCCCAAUAGUCUAAAAGUCAGUGUCUCCUCUCCAUCUUCUCCUUCAACUAAUCUGAAAGCAAUAGGAGGGAUGUGUCUUCAAGGAUGCUAUCUGUGACUAUUGAGACACGUCCACAUUGUCAGGCCCUCUAUCUGUAAUAUGACUGACCCCUCCCCUCAUGACUACCGUCAAUCAGAUGGACGUGGUGACCUCUCUGAAGGCCCUGCACAAGACGGUGGAGGGACAACAGCUGACCUCUGACCUAGGCGGGAACUUUCCCUACAGCCACACUGAUUGGCUGCAGUUUCACCAGGUGCAGUAUAAUAUUUAUAAAUGGGUUUUGCAUAUGUAAUGGCCUCUUUAAAUGAGCUUCAGUCUACCCGGGUAGUAUGGUCAAGAUUUCUAGAAGUUAAUUAAAUCUGUUAUACAAGUGUCAUCAACAUUUUACAUUGUCGUUGAUAGUUGCUCACUUCAAUGCUAUUGUAGAUUAUUUACUUGUGUUAAUUUCACUAUAAUACCAAUGCAUUGUCCAUUGUCCACCGAAACCAUGGCGACGCCCUUGAUCAGGUCCAUCUCUAAGGUUGGUAGGCAGGUGUCCCGACCAUGGAGUGUGUACCAGCAUGGGCUGCGGAACAUAUCCACCCAACCAGACGUGUCUGCAGAGCAGGCUGCUGCCCUGGGGGUCUCCCACCCUCCACUACAGACAUACUCUGGGGAGGAGGGGAUGAUGAGGGAUGCUGUGAAAAAGUUUGCACAGGAGCGUCUUACCCCGUUUGUGUCGAAGAUGGACGAAAACUCUCAUAUGGAUCCGGAAGUGAUAAAGUCAGUCUUUGAACAGGGGCUGAUGGGCAUUGAGAUCGACCCAGAGUACGGAGGCACCGGCUCCACGUUCUUCUCCUCCAUCCUGGUCAUUGAGGAGCUGGCCAAGGUGGACGCCUCCGUGGCCGUGCUAUGUGACAUCCAGAACACCCUCAUCAACACGCUCUUCACCAAGCUGGGGACCGCAGCCCAGAAAGAACAGUACCUCAGCCGACUGUCAACAGACAUGAUUGGUAGUUUCUGCCUGUCAGAAACAGAGUCGGGGAGCGAUGCCUUCUCUCUGAAGACGCGUGCUGACAAACACGGGGACUGUUACGUCAUCAAUGGUUCCAAGAUGUGGAUCAGUAAUGCAGAGCAAGCUGGGGUGUUUCUGGUGAUGGCCAACGUGGACCCGUCUGCUGGUCACAGAGGUAUCACUUGCUUCAUCGUGGACAGAGACACAGAGGGGCUUCAGAACGGCAAGAAGGAGAACAAACUGGGUCUAAGAGCCUCUUCAACCUGUCCUCUCAACCUGGAUAACAUCAAGGUUCCUGAGAAGAACAUCUUGGGUCAGAUCGGCCAUGGAUACCAGUACGCCAUCGGCAUGCUGAAUGAAGGCAGGAUUGGGAUCGCUGCUCAGAUGCUGGGACUGGCUCAGGGCUGCUUCGACCAGGCGGUUCCCUACACCAGACAGAGGGUUCAGUUUGGCAAACGCAUCUUCGACUUCCAGGCCAUGCAGCACCAGAUUGCCCAUGUAGCCACCAAGAUAGAGGCUGCCAGGCUGCUGACCUACAAUGCUGCCCGGCUGAAGGAGGCAGGAAGACCCUUCAUCAAGGAGGCCUGCAUGGCCAAGUACUUCACCUCAGAGGUCGCAUCAAAAUGCAUAGAUUGGAUGGGAGGGGUAGGCUUCACCAAAGUUGAGAAUUGAGAAAUACUACAGAGAUUGUAAAAUAGGUACCAUACUUCUAGCUGAAUGUUCUGUAUGACUACUGACCUCCUGACCUGGUCUGGCUGGAUCCCCAUCAAGGAGACUGACCUGGCUGGAUCCCCAUCUAGGAGACUGACCUGGCUGGAUCCCCAUUAUGGAGACUGACCUGGCUGGAUCCCCAUCAUGGAGACCUGACCUGACAUCCUGACCUGACCUGGUCUGGCUGGAUCUCCAUCAUGGAGACUGACCUGACAUCCUGACCUGACCUGGUCUGACUGGAUCCCCAUCAUGGAGCCUGACCUGACUGUAUCCUCAUCAUGGAGACAGACCGUUAUACACUCCUCUUUGUGACCCAUUGGUUAUAUCACUCGUUGUUGGACUGUUGUGGGAUUUAGGGCUCUAUUCAAUCCGUAUCGCGGAAGUUCAACGUUCCAGCAUGAUUGAAAUUUGAAGGCAAUGUUCCCCCGUUUAGUGGAGACUGCAUUCACUGUAAACACUGCAUAUGUCGACUCAAUCUACAUUUCUAUCACGCAAUCUGUAACGCUUCAGCGAUCCAGACUGAAUACGGCCCUUAGAGUGUCAGGCAUUACUGUAGAGCUCACGUGUAAACCACUGUGUAGCUGACUAUAGUACUAGAGGAGGUUCCAUAACUAUGUACAGUUAGUCAAUGCAUCUGUUGCUUUCCACUAUGGAUAGAUUAAUGGUUACUGUUUCCAGACCUGUAGAUAGUGUAACGUAGCUCUAGUGUUGGUAGUGUAAGUGUGGAAGUGGAUUCGAACCAGGAUCUCCCAAGUGGCGCAGUGGUCUAAGGCACUGCAUCGCAGUGCUAGCUGUGCCACUAGAGAUCCUGGUUUGAAUCCAGGCUCUGUCGUAGCCAGCCGCGACCGGGAGACCCAUGGGGCGGCGCACAAUUGGCUCGGGGUAGGGGAGGGAAUGGCCGGCAGGGAUGUAGCUCGGUUGGUGGAGCGUGGUGUUUGCAACGCCAGGGAUGUGGGUUCGUUUCCCACGGGGGUAUGAAAAAUAAUAAUAUAUGCACUCACUAACUGUAAGUCGUUCUGGAUAAGAGCGUCUGCUAAAUUACUAAAAUGUAAAAUCUCAAAGUCCAUGCAUUUACAAUACAUUCCACUGUAUCAUUCCAGUAGCGCCCACAUGAUGACACAUUAUUCACUUAGUUUCCAGUAAAGUAAGCAGCUGUUCUACCACACCCACUGGAGAUUGCUCUUAUAACACAGAUUAACUCACGUUAAUAUGUUGAAUAUGAAACCGAUUGUGAUUAUGAACACGUUAUAGUUCUAUACGGAUCACUUGGCCCUAUCACUAGGGCCUUGUUGCUUACCCCCUCACCGAUCUGAAAAGAACUGGGUAGAUAUAGGGAAUAUGUCUCUUGCUAAUACAUUUCCAAUUCUUUCAAAUUCGCAAGGGCUAGUCAACACGGGCAUACGGAUAGUAGGCAAUAAAUCGGUUUGGAAGUGAGCUUGUUCGGAAUCGCGUGGCCGUUGUCUUUGCUAUUCUGAACCAUAAAUUCCCCAAAUCUAUUGCAUCAGCCAUGUUUUGGGAUGAGUCUGAAUCCUAAAAUAUUUUUCCUAUGUUUCAGAAACUGGUUUCCUUUGUGUCGGACUUGCAAGGGGCAGCCGAUUUACUACGUAGAGCAAUCAAGAAAAUUGAUGGUAAUCCAAAAACGGACACCGACCAGGUAGUGCAUUACAAUUAUAAAUUAAAAAUAAUAUAAGUCUAUAGCAUUAUUUUUUCAGAGCUGAUUAUCUUUUUGGUUCAGGAUGUGCAGCUAUGUAUUCAAGAUCAGAAGACCUCAAUGAAAGAGGUGCUGCAGGAUGCCCGAUUGGUCCCUUUACAGAGAGAAGGUGAGACCAUCCUGACCAGAAUGAGGAGGGAGGAGUUUCGAUUUACCAAGUCCGACGACUACAGGUAUUGUUCUUUAUCUAAUUCAUAAAUUAUUGCGAUUAACUGUGUGUAGUACCCUUAGAGAUGGAAAGAGGGCACACCUAUCUUUGCCAUUGAUUGCUUCUAUGUCUCACCUACCUAGUUGACUACUUGCCCUCCUUUGCAUUGCCCAUUCUAAAACAGGCUUCUUGGCAAGUGAGCCCUCUAUCCAUCUCUAUGGUAGCAACCAUCUACCGUAUGUCAGGGGUACUCAACUCUUACCCUACGAGGUCCGGAGCCUGCUGGUUUUCUGUUCUACCUGAUAAUUAAUUGCACACACCUGGUGUUCCAGGUCUAAAUCAGUCCCUGAUUAGAGGGGAACAAUAAAAAAAAUGCAGUGGUCCAGAGUUGAGUUUGAGGGAUCUAGGUGAUACCAAGGCAGCCAUUUUCUGCCGGAACACCACUGACCACACAUCAUCUAUCAAGGUGGAGAGGAAAAGACUGGAGUGAAUGUUUGCCAACGUCCACCUCUCAUUUCAGGGAUGCCUUGGAGUCAGUGACGGUCCUAUAUAACCAGAUGGAAGAGAGUGUUCAUACCCUGGUGAUGAGGUCCAAUGAAUCACUACAGCAUCUGGACUUCCUGCUCAAACUCAGGGAGGCGGAGUCAAAUCUCAAUAUGGUAGGUCAGGAGGUUGUAACCUUACAGAACAUUCAGCUAGAAGUAUAUUGUGUAGUAUAAUCAAGCACACCUAACAUUAUUGAAAGAAAACAAAUACUAUUUUCACCUGGGUCUGUUAGUAUGCCUUAUGAUGUAUAAUUCCCUAUCUGAAUUUGUACCUUUUAGGCAAUGGCAUGGUUCAAUACAGAAGGAGAGCAACGGCUGAAGGACUCCAACUCCACUGAGGACACCCUGGAGAGUGUGAACCAAGCCUUUCAGCGCUUUGACACCGUCCUCACUCAGGCCAAGGUACAGCUGGGUUGGGGUUAGACAAAUUAACUAAGCUCAUGAGGCAGUCAGGUCCAGAAAUAUUUGCACCCUUGAUAAAGAUUAGCAAAAAAUACUAUAAAAUAAAUACAAAUACUGAGCUAUAUUGUAUGCUAAGACAAUUGCUCAGAUAAAGAUAUUUUGUUAAACAAGUAAUAUAAUUUUUCUCAAAAAGAUAGGGGUCAAAAGUAUUGGACCCCCUGUUUUUAAUACCUUCCAAUACCUCACCUUGGGAGGAUAACGGCACUGAGCCUUUUCCUAAAUGGUUUUAUGAGAUUGGAGAUAAAAUUUAUGUUUAUGCAUCCUUAUUUCGACGCCAAACCCAUCACGGGUGUGGUGGCCAAAGAGCUCUAUUUUCAUGUCAUCUGACCAUAGCACCGGUUACAAUCCUGGUGCCAAUGCCGUUUAGCAAAUUCCAGGCGUUUACAUUUGUAGGAUGACAUGAAAAUAGAGCUCUUUGGGUUUAGCAUUGAAAUAAGGAUGCAUAGGCAGAAAAUAACCCUACUGUAAAAUAUGGUGGUGGAAAUGUUGACAUCUUUCGUUAUUCAUCAUAGGAGAAGAAACAGAAGACCUUGACCCUGGUGAUGGAGGUGGAGAAGAUUCUGGGUUCCACCAACUCCAACCCCGAGACUGAGGUUUUUAGGACUUUGAUGAACACGUUCAAAUCCAAUAUGGCCGACUUUAUGUUGCGCGCCGAGCAACGGCGUACCGAGCUUGACAACAUGGUGCAUGUCUACCGCUUCUGUGAAGAGGUUAGUUGAGGAAGUUGAGGAAGACCUGUCAAAAUACUCUGACAAAUACUCCAUUCCUUCUCUUCCUUUCUUAAGUCCUUACCUUCUUUCUUAGUGAGUUAAUUCCAUUUAAAUUCCUCCCAAUUGCAAGAAAUGUAUCUCACUUUUAUGGAGGAAUGUCAACUAAUUCUAAUUGAUAUAAAAUUGACCCUAACUCUGCUUAAUUUCUCCAACCAUAUUACUUUUACCACCACAACCACCAUGUUGUCUGUUGUAACUCAUAUCACGUAUGGAUUGAUACAUUUUCACAAUAUGCGGACAGGCCCCCUCUUUAACCCCUAACCACAACAGUCAUCAAUAUUCCCAUCAAUCUUUUUAGAACCCUGACUCCCCAUCCAAGAUAUAACUUCUCUAACACCUCUAAAAUAACACUGAUCUCUGUACUGUUUCCUCUAGGCUGCUGCCUUUGCCAAGGAAUGCAGGCAAUAUCUGGAGCAGGUAGAGACAGGAUGCUAUCCUGCCAAAGCCAAUCUAAGCAUGCUUAAGACCUACGAGGAGAGAUUGGGUGACUGCUUCUCGGCCCGACACUUCCAGAAGAUCAAAGCCUGCAGCAUGAGGGGCUCUGGGGGGAUGAAUUUGUGGAAUGCAGUCUGGUUCCAGUACCAGGAAGUCAGCCAGCGGCUGGGGGAGAGACUGCAGCAGCAGGGGAAUGCAGCCAACAAAACCAGCAGCAACACACAGCCGGCGGAGCUCAAGUGAAGAGCAGGGUGUUAGAGACAGGGAAGGAGAGGGAGAAAGAGAAGGAGGAGAAGGUGGUGGCCCCUUGCUCCCUCACCCAAGCCUCAACCUCCCAUCCAGGGGUGCCCGAUAUUGCCAAUAACUCAGAGAGGGCCUCCGUGGAACAGAUGGAGAGCAGAGACAGCCGUGCAAGGGACAGCCCUCACAUCACGUGUUUUAACCUCCCUUUCAAAGCGGACUCGAAAGGGAGCAAAGGAGCCAAAGAAGCAUCCCAGUCGCCCAAAUCCCCAGGCAUAGAAGGGUAACUGACGACAGCGGUGCCCCAAGAUGGAGAAGGUGGACCAGGAAGGCACCACAGCGAGACGGACCUCAAGACGGGGGAUCUGAUUGGUGGGUGUGAGGCGUUUCCAUGGAAACGUGGCGCUUUGGGGUGGUCCCUGAGUGAGGGUUCCUGUAUGAGCUCUCUCCUGUCCUCAGAGUAUGGCUCCUCCCCCUUGUCGGCAAGACACUCCCAUAGUCGGCCCUUAGUAGUGGCACUGCAGUCCCCCCAAAACCCUUAUGAUAUCUCCCAUAAUGGAAGUUUCUGCUCCGGCCACUCCUGCUGUAGGACAAAUGGGAAAAGGGACGAUGACAGAGAAGAUGGUGACCCCACAGAGGUGUCUUCAGUGUCCUUCCCUGACCCCUGUGACCCGAAUGGUGACAGGACCCAGAAGGCCUCAUCUUUGGCCGACGCACAAGCUGAAGAUAAUGGAAACAAUGUCCUGUGA